CGUUUGCCCCAGACCCAUCCAAACCUAAUCACAAAUCGAGGAAAAGCGAGGAGGCGUAGGAGCCGCAGCCAAGACCCCGUCCGUCUCCCAAGGCCGAAGAAGCCCUCGCCAUGUCCUGCUCCGUCGCCAUCCCCAGCUCGCCGGUGUUCUCUCCGUCGCGCCGCCCGCUCUCCUGCAAGGCCGCCUCCGCCUCGCCCGAGUCCGUCUCCGUCUCGUCCCCGGCGCCCUCCACCGCCGGCUCGCCGCUCCGGCCCUUCGGGCUGCUGCGCGCCCAGAUCCGCGAGGAGGCCUCCCCGUCGCCUAAGACGUCCUCUGCGGCCCCCUCCGUCGCCGCCGGGUCGGUGCUCAAGAGGCGGCGGCCGGCGCCGCUCAUGGUGCCGGUCGACGGCGCCGCGGCCGCUGCUGCCGCGGCGGCGGCCGUGGCCGCCGUGGAGUCGGAUCCGAGCAACGAGGUGGAGGAGGAGGGCAACGACUUCGCCGCCUACUGCCGGAGAGGGAGGGGGAGGAGAAGGGUGGAGAUGGAGGACCGGCAUGUGGCCCAGGUCGCGCUCGGUGGAGACCCCCAAGUGGCGUUGUUUGCUGUAUUCGAUGGCCACGGCGGAAAGAACGCGGCAGAGUUCGCUGCCCAAAAUAUGCCCAAGUUCAUGGCAGAGGAGGUGAGGAAGGUGGAAGGUGGUGACAGUGAUGAAAUUGAGGGGGCUGUGAAGAAAUGUUACCUGAGGACGGACGAAGAGUUCCUCAAGAGGGAGGAGAGCGGGGGAGCAUGCUGUGUCACUGCAUUGCUCCAAAAGGGCGGCCUCACCGUGUCCAACACUGGAGAUUGCCGUGCUGUCCUCAGCCGGGCAGGAACGGCCGAGGCACUCACCUCUGACCACCGGGCCUCCCGUGAGGAUGAGAGGGAAAGAAUUGAGAAUCUGGGCGGGUUCGUUGUGAACAACCGAGGGACAUGGCGAGUGCAGGGCUCCUUGGCAGUGUCAAGAGGCAUCGGUGAUGCACACCUCAAGCAAUGGGUGGUGGCUGAUCCAGAUACCAGGACACUCCUUGUUGACCCACAGUGCGAAUUCUUAGUACUUGCCUCUGAUGGCUUGUGGGAUAAGGUGGAUAACCAGGAAGCCAUAGACAUCGCCAGGCCUCUCUGCAUCGGCAAUGACAAGGUUUCUCGCAUGGCCGCCUGCAGAAGGCUUGUCGAAACCGCGGGUUCCAGGGGGUCUACCGAUGACAUCAGUGUUUUGAUCAUACAAUUGCAGAAGUUCUCAGGUUCUUCUUAACUUGCCAUUGCUGGAGGAACAGGACUCAAACUGUAGGAAGUAGCGCUAACAGAGUGGUGUAUCGGGCCGGGCAGGAUAGACUGAUACCCAUAUGUUAAUUUGCAAGCAAAAUUUUAGGUGUGGUUGCACCAUUUUGCAAGCAUUCGACUCUUUUCGGAAUACCAUUCUUUAUGUACUUAAUUUACUUCCAUUCAUUCAUUCUUUGAUUCUAAUGUAAUAAGGCGGGGGUUAGUACUCACUUCAUACUAGAAGAGACUAUUGUUGUAUGUACAUGGUUGACUGGGUAAAUGGAUUCAGCAUGAUUGCCUCUUUGCUUA